AUGUCCCACAACAACACAGAAUCAACUAAGAAGCUCGCAGAGCUCGCCUCCGAGACCCGCUUCGCAGGCCCCCUCUGGCUCCGCGAAGAAGUCGGCGCCCUCUACGCCAAAGGCGAAGUCCACACAGGCCCCUUCUCCAUGCCUCUCCUCCGCAUGGCCAACUUCGACAAACUCUCUCUCCCUUCCGAAAACCGCAACCUCCGCAUGCUAGACCUCUGCUGCGGCUCCGGAGUCACGACUCACGAGCUGCAAGUCUUGCUUCAACAGCAAGGGCUAGAAGACAAAGUCGAUCUGGUGUGUGGAGACUUUUCAGCGGGCCAGCUCGAGUACCUCGAUAAGCGGAUCCAGCGGAUGGGCUGGCGGAAUACGGUGACGAGGCAGAUGAACGCGGAGAGGAAUGGGGAGCCGGAUAUGAGUUUUGAUCAUGUGGUGUGCGCUCAGGGGUUGAUGAUUAUCCCGGAUUCGCAGGCUGCUUUGCAAGAUUGUUACCGCGUCCUCAAACCAGGCGGUACAUUCGCCCUCUCGGUCUGGUACACAGAGAACUGGAUCCUCGACGUCCGCGACGCCGUCGCUCAACUGCCCGGCCUUCCCAACUGGCCGCAAACAUCCCUCGAACUAACCAAUUCCUGGGCUCAAGGCCCGUGGGAGGAUCCCCAUUACGUGAAAUCGAUGUUGCACCGAAGAGGCUUCGUCGAUAUUGAUGUCCAGACGAAGAUUAUCAUGAUCCCGCUGAAAGAUGCAGAGGAUUUCUACGAGGUGUAUGAUGCGUUUAUCGAGUGGGUGGCGGAUCGGUAUUGGACGGAAGGGGAGAGGAAGAGGUGUAAGCCGUUGCUGAGGGAUGCGGUGGUGGGGUUUAUGGAGAGGAAAUACGGGAGGGGGAGGCCGUUUAGUAUUGAGAAGGUUUGUAUUUUGGGGACGGCGAGACGGCCGGGUUGUCGUACGGAAAGAGCGUCAGCACUUAGCGACGCAGAAUGUUCCCCAAAGGUUGAAUUUGCAGACCAAAAAUACGAGUAUAAAAUUUGGCAAAUUGAGUAUAUCACAUCAGUUGGACUCUAG